CCGAACAUUGUUUAACAUUCCUUAUCUUUUCUAUUUGAUCAUUUAAUACCACGAUACAGAUAUCUGUAUCAUUUUAUACGUUUCGAUUCUUGUUUUACCGCCGCUAUGGAAAACAUGAGAAAAUUCGGCUUGGGCGUUUUACGAGCGCAAAUAAAGGUUUUGAAAUGUGAUUACUCCACGAAAUCGGGUUUAUUGAGUGACUUGAAUGUGUUAGACCUUAGUCGAGUGAUUGCUGGUCCGUUUUGUACCAUGACGCUGGGGGAUUUGGGAGCUAAUGUGAUAAAAGUGGAGAGUUUAGACGGUGACGAAGCACGUCGUUGGGGACCGCCGUUCAUCAGCGAAAAUAAGGAUUCUUACUACUUUCUAUCAGUGAACAGAAACAAAAAGAGUAUUUGCAUUGAUUUCAAGUCACAAGAAGGGAAAACAGUACUGUAUGAUUUGGCAAGAAAAUGUGAUGUGGUAGUCGAACUUUGUGCCCGCAAAUUGGAUAAACUUGAAAUUGGCUAUGACAAACUUAGUACAAUCAACCCUAAACUUAUUUACUGUGCCAUCACAGGGUUUGGGUCUACUGGACCCUAUGCUAAGAAACCUGGGUAUGACGUAAUCGCAGCUGCAAUGGGCGGUCUACUCAACACCACGGGAGAACGUAACGGUGACCCCGUCAAGGCAGGCGUGGCCAUCACUGACGUCACAACCGGCCUCCAUGCCUGAGCCAUCAUGACGGCCCUAUACUUCCGCCAAAAGACCGGCAAAGGACAAAAAGACUGCAACCUUCUUUCUACUCAAAUAUCAAGCAUGAUCAACAUAGCAACUAUAUAUUUAAACUGUGGUAUCGAAGGCCAACGGUGGGGUACCGCUCAUGCUAACUUAGUGCCCUACCAGGCCUUCAAAAGCAAAGACGGGUACAUGGUCAUAGGUACAGGGUCCAACCCUCAAUUUGCAGACUUCUGCAGACUUAUAGGGAAGGAAGAACUUAUCACUGAUGAGAGGUUUAAGGAUAAUUCGAACAGAGUGGAGAAUAGAGAUGAGCUUAUUCAGAUUAUAAGUGAGGUUAUUCGAACUAAGAGUAGUAAGGAAUGGUCUGGUUUGUUUAAGAAUGCUUCGUUCCCUAAUGGACCUAUUAAUAAAAUGAAGGAUGUCUUUGAAGAUGAUCAUGUUAAGGCCAUAGAAUUGGUGAAGGAGUUACCCCAUCCUGAUGCUGGGAUGGUGAAGGUGGUGGGCCCCCCUACUGUUUACGGUUUGGGGGGCAAUGAUGCUAGGACUGCGCCCCCGAAACUUGGGGAACAUACGAAGGAUAUAUUGUCAAACUUUUUGGGUUAUCAUGAUGAAAAGAUUAAGGGCUAGUCGAGAAUAAAGUAGUUCAGUAGAAUAAUUUUAUA